GCUACAUGGGUCAUUAUGUCCUGGCCUUAGCUACCACCGUGUGAUUCGGUUUCAAUGCAUAAUGGAUGAUUUCCAGACAUCUGAGGAGACAACGUUUGUUCAAGAUGAAGUUAAAAACAUAGUUAAAGAGAGCAUAGAGAGCAUCAUUGGUUCAAGCUCAUAUUCACACAAUAAAGUACAACAGUGGACUUCGUCUGUGAUUGAACAAUGCCUCAGUCACUUGACUAAACUUGGGAAACCAUUUAAAUACAUCGUCACUUGUGUAAUCAUGCAGAAAAAUGGAGCCGGACUACAUACUGCAAGUUCGUGUUACUGGGAUAGUUCUACUGACGGGAGUUGUACAGUAAAAUGGGAAAACAAGUCGAUGUAUUUUAUUGUUACAGUGUUUGGCUUGGCUAUAUAAUCGUUGUCGACCAAUCAAGUAAUAUUUAAACAAUUAGAUUGGAUGAAGACCGUCUACACUAAACAACUAACAAGCAUUCAUUUUUUGAGUUUUAACUUGGUGUCUGAGCUUUUAAAUUUCUUCGGUGAUACAAUUCGUAUUUAUGCAUUCUCAUAGCUGGACUGAAUUGUUGUGCUGAAUAAACAGAUUAUGUAUCAUG